GUAAACACCAUUUUAAAGAAACUUCGAAAAUGAUGGUUCUACUGAAGUUAAGCCACUCAGUGGCCAUUCCAGAAAACUGUCUUGUAGAAAGACCAGCUUGAUUCUCAAAGAAGUUAACCAAAUAUCCAACUAUCCAACAACCUAGCAAAUGGCGCUCCAAAACUGAGCUGAAACCGAAAAACCCAAAAUUCUCUAAUGGAACUUAUGCCCAUCCCAGCGGAGGUUUAUACUAAGCAAAACAGAAAAUUCGAUUAAUCAGAAAUCAUCAGAUGAUAUAUAUGUAUAUGUAAUUUUCUUAACUCAAUUAUAUAAAUGUUUAUACGUGUAUUUAAAAAGUACUUACUACAUUAUUUCACUUAAAUUGUCUGACUAAAAGGCAUCAAUUUGUCAAUCAUUUUGUUACACGCAUAAUUAUAAUACGAUCCAGUCACUAAUAUACAAUUAUGGACAUGAAUUUGUGCUUAACGCUACAAUUUUCCUCAAAACACACUAACCUAUUUAUCUAAAAUUCAGCUAUAACUAGACAUGACCGAGUUAAAAAGUCACAGUCUAAUCUCAAAAACUUUGCUUGGUGUCAAUUAAAUGUGGUCGCAAUAAUGACAAACACUUUAGUUUCCUUAAAAAAUUUGUAUGGUGAACUUUUGCGUGAAUUUUUACAGGAAAGUGGCAUACAUGGCAUGAAAAUAUUCCUAUCCACAUCAGCGAUACGCUUUGCCAAACACCUUUGGUUUAUCUUCCUAUCUAGCCUUAUUAUCGUCACUCAUGUGAUAAUUAUCAAUUUAAUUAAAGAAUUUUUAGAUCAACCAACCGAGGUUCGCCUAUCCACUAAACUGGUGCAUGUUGCCAAUAGUCCAUUCCCGGCUGUCGCGAUUUGCGGUGCAAAUAAGAUAAGUCGACAUAAAAUGAUGAGCUUUGCGGAACAGGUCUUCGAAGCUCAGCAAAGGUUUCAACCCGAUUUACUUGCAACAAACGUCAGUGAAAUGGCUGAACAUUUGAAGCUGCUUACUGGCUUCUUUCUUUAUCCUUUGGACACCUAUACUGAUAACGAUGCCCGACUUGAUCAACUACAUAAUAUACUCACGAGCAUGUACAAUGGCAGUGAGUAUCCCACACGCGACAUAAUUUUCGAUUUAUCACCCGACUGCCCCGACAUCAUCAGGAGUGGUAUGGUUUUCGGUAAGCCAAUAAAUAUAACAAAAUAUUUUCAAAAACGCUCGAUAUCAGUGGGUGCGUGCUGCCUCUUCAACUAUCGUCGCGAUACUUACACCACGAAUAGCAUAAGAGCUGCCUUUACCAAGGCGAAUAGCAAGUUAUUGGAAAAUGUUACAUUCGAGUCUAAUUCCCUGCUUAGCUCGGUACAAUUUGUUUUACACAGUGAUUCGAAUGAUUUUUGGCAUACCGAAUUCGCUAGUUAUGCAUUUCGUCUUUAUUUUUUUCUACAAAACGAUUAUCCAACCGUAAUGACAAAUACCUUGGGUGAGAUUUUGGUGAACCGUAGAACUUUAGUAGAGAUUGCAAUACAACCGACAUUUUAUGAGGCCUCUGAUGCUAUACGCAACUUUAGGCCAGAGCUAAGGCAAUGUUAUUUUAAGGAUGAGGGUGAACGUUUGUUAAAUAAAUCCUAUUACUCGCAUGAUGAAUGUCUGCUCAUUUGUCGCAUGCAAAGUAUGCAACGGUAUUGUGGUUGCGUCAGUCCCUUCCUCGCGCCACCACUCAUUAACGCCAGCGUUUGCACUCUACUGCAAUUGCCCUGCCUCUCAAACUGGUUGCGUGUGUUCAAUCAAUGGUCUUACUUCGAGUAUGUCGACCCGCCGGAUGGUUUCGAUAAGUGCAACUCUUGUAUGCCGACCUGUGAGGGUGUUGACUAUAAAACUUAUUUGAAUUACCUACCACUGCGUAACAAACACGGGAAUGAUACGUAUACCUUUGGUUUGCUAGAAGGUCUUACUAGCGAUGAGCCGCUGGCACUGGUGAAAUUAUUUUUCAAGCAAUUGUAUGCGGAAUCGACGUACAUAGAUAUUGUAGGCGAUUGGGUUGCAUUGUUGAGCCGUUUCGGUGGCAUUCUAUCGCUUUUUUACGGCUUUAGCAUACUAAGUUAUGUCGAGAUUUUCUACUUCAUGAGUGGUAAGUGGUUUGUGCUUAUAUAUAGGGCCUGGCAGCUGGCGUAUAUUCCGAAAGAGCGGCGUGACAGCCGAGCGCUGGAGAAGAGAGCUGAAAACCGCGUAUAUUCGUUGUAUUGGAAUGAGUUGCAGCCGAAAACAGUUAUGUUGGAGCGAUACCCAAAGAAUAUUAAAUGGCAAAAUCGUUAUGAUGAUAGUUAUUAGCAUAGCACUUGAUAAAAUCAGAAAAUAUACGAGAAAUGUUGGCACCAAUAGAAAAAUACAAUAAUAAAAAGUACAAUAUGAAGACUUAUAUAAACCUUG